AUUUUAACAACAUCGUCCGAUUCGUUUAUAUAAUCCGUCGUAGAAAGGUUUAUUUCUGGUUUAAGAAGAUGCCGGCUGUAACAGAUAUACAAGUCCUUAAGGACAUCGCGACUAGAAUAAGGAUACAUAGUGUCGAAUCUACAGCAGCUGCCAAUUCUGGGCAUCCAACGACUUCAUCGUCAAUAGCCGAAAUUCUUUCAGUCCUCUUUUUCAACACUUUGCGUUACAAACCAGACCAACCGAGAGACCCUUCAAGCGACAGAUUUGUGCUCUCCAAGGGUCACGCGGCACCCGCUUUAUACGGAGCCUGGGUCGAGAAUGGAGUGAUCCCGGCUCAAGAAUUGCUCAAGCUGAGACAGCUGGGUAGUGACCUAGAAGGACAUCCUACUCCCAGACUGAGCUUUGUCGACGUAGGUACCGGUUCGCUGGGCCAAGGUUUGGCUAUAGCAGGAGGCAUAGCUUACACUACCAAAAACUUUGAUAAAAUCGAUGCCAGAGUGUACUGUCUCAUUGGCGAUGGCGAGAGUGCAGAAGGUUCUAUAUGGGAAUCCAUUGCUUUCAUCAGUCAUUAUAAUUUGGAUAACGUCGUGCUAAUCGUAGAUGCUAACCGAUUAGGUCAAUCUGAGGCUACUAUGGUCGGGCACAAUCUCAACCUUUACAAAGUUAGAUUGGAAGCUUUCGGAUGGAAUACUAUCGUCGUCGAUGGUCACGAUGUCGGAGAACUUAUUAAGGCAUUUGACUUUGACGUCGCUACCAAAGGAAAACCAACCGCAAUCAUCGCGAAAACGUACAAGGGCAGAGAUUUUCCCGGAAUCGAAGAUAAAGAUGGGUGGCACGGAAAACCGUUGGGAAAAGAAAGCGAACCCGUUUUGAAGCAUUUGAGGAGUCUCUUAAAAUUACAAGGUACGUUGAAAUAUACAAUUCCAAAACCUCAAAGUCAAGCACCUCAAGUCAGUAUCAAAAAUAUCACGCUCUCUUCGCCGCCCAACUACAAUGUCGGAGAUUCCCUAGCUACAAGACAAGCAUACGGAUCGGGUUUGGUUAAAAUAGCUCAAAAUAAUCCGAGAGUCAUAGCGUUGGAUGGCGACAUGAAAAAUUCCACGUUCGCUGAACAACUGAAAAAAUUCGAUCCGGAAAGGUACAUCGAAUGCUUCAUCGCUGAACAAAGCUUGGUGGGAACUGCUAUCGGUGCUACUACCAGGGACAGAACGGUGGCGUUUGUUUCCACUUUCGCAACUUUCCUUACCAGAGCUUUUGAUCAGAUUCGUAUGGGAGCUAUAUCUCAAUCAAAUGUGAAUUUCGUCGGUUCCCAUUGCGGGGUGGAAAUCGGUGAAGAUGGUGCUAGCCAGAUGGCUUUGGAAGACCUCGCUAUGUUUAGAUCAAUUCCCGGAGGUACUGUAUUUUAUCCCGCCGACGCAGUGGCCACCGAAAGGGCUGUUGAGCUAGCAGCAAAUACCGCUGGAAUAUGUUACAUCAGAGUCAACAGACCCGCUACCAAAGUUAUUUACCCCAACAAUUUUAAUUUCCAGAUUGGCAAAGCGAAUGUCGUUUUCUCUACACAAAACGACCAGGUUCUUCUGAUCGGCGGUGGGUUGACUACCCAAGAAUCUAUUACAGCAGCUUCUCAGUUAUCCCAACAAGGUAUCGGCGUCCGAGUUUUGGAUUUGUUUACUAUCAAACCGAUCGACAAAGAAGCGAUUAUCAAAAAUGCCAACGAGAGCGGUGGAAGAAUCUUGGUAGUCGAAGACCAUUAUUACGAAGGAGGAAUUGGAGAGGCUGUACUCUCGGCAAUCGCAGAAGAACGUAACAUUUAUCUGAAACACGUAGCCAUUCCUAGAGUGCCUCGUUCUGGUACGACAGCCCAACUUUUGGAUUACUACGGCUUAUCGGCUAAGAGCAUCGUCAAUUACAUUCUCGAGGUUAUCAAAAAGUGAUGUGCUACCACGAAAGUGUUUUCUGGAAUAAAUAUAUUUUUAUAUU